GAUUGAUUAGCUCACAAGUGGAGGCUUUGAAAUCCUCUACAAAGAAAUUAAAGAUACAAGGGUAUACAAUAAGAGCAGUCCCUAUUUUAACAGCAUUACAAUAUAGAGCCCAUCUAAAUUAGACAACUACACCCUUCCGUUCCAUCCAAAUUUCUACAAUAUCCGGUUUUCAAUAUUUCCCAUGUCUUCAGAUUCCCACGUGAUCGACUGGGAGAGCUUGCUCGAGGUGGAACAGUCGUUAUGCCAGACUUCCCUGAUGGUUCAUCUCAGCAGCGAGCUUGACGGCCCAGCAAAUGGCACGCUUCUCAUGUAUGAGCACUUGGAGCGCGUGUCGCCGUUUAUCCGCUCCUCCCUCGAAGACCAGUUCACCAUGGCAGACUUGGAAAAGCUCCUAGAGGUCAUACAUAGCCCAAAUGCAGACCCCAGAGACACAUCUGCUGUGUGCAGCGACUUGGAAAAGCAGUUCUGGUUGGUGUUUGUAACCAACUUCUCCAACAGCAUCAACACCAUGCCUAAUUAUACCAAGUUCAUGAUCUACUCCAUCGGCAUUCCGACGCAGCAGUUGCGGGCGCGUAUUUGGGGGAUCUUGACCGGGGGAUGUGACUCGUUCGGCCGGCUGAACGACGUCACCUUCCUCAAGUUAUAUGAGUCAAUUUAUUACACCGCACCGCAUGCCCUGUCGUCAUCCUUGACGUGCACAGACUUUGAGCGGUCACCAUCUUACAAGCAGAUACUCCUUGACGUGAAUCGCACGUUUCCGAAGGUGCCCUUCUUCCAGUCGGAAGCGAACCAGGUUAAGCUCUUGAGGAUCUUGAACGCGUACUCGUUAUACGACCUCGAAUUAGGUUACUGCCAAGGGUUGGCAUUUUUGGUGGGGGUCUUGAUGUACGUGUUGUCUCAUAGGGACUACACCUCCGAAACGGCAAUGUGUGACCUGGAGAAUGAGCGCAUUUUGUUUGUGUCUUUGUGCAAGGUCAUGGAGAUAAACAAGUCACUCCGCAGCAUCUUUGAUCCACAAAUGUCUGGUAUCAAUGAGUGGUUUACUCAGUUCACAGAGAUUGCUCGCCGCGCGCUUCCUCAGGAUUUGCUGGCCCACUUGGAAGUCAUGGAGGUAGACUUCAAGCUCUUUUUGAGUCAGUGGUUCCUCUCGUUUUUUGGCAUCACUUGUGAGUUUGAGCUCUUGAUCAAGGUGGUGGAUUUGAUGAUUUUAGAGGGGUUCAAGACUACCAUUUUCAGGGUCAGCACUGUGCUUCUCUUGCGCAACAGAGAAAUCCUUCUUGGCUUCUUCAACCAGGAACAGAUAUACAAGUUUUUGUUGUCUAAGGAUAUCUUCACCGAAUACGAGUCCGAUCACAUGCUGUUGAUGCACGACUUGAAUGCGUUGAGCGCCAGUUACUUCACCAGCGAUGCGCUCGAUGAAUUUUCUAAACCGAGAGCGGAAGUGGAGCUCAAGUCCCGAUCGGUUUCUCCAAAAAGAACUUCACAUACUGUGGCACAUUCGCCGAUUUCCACGAAUCCCGUCCCGUCGUUGCUCAACUCUUUUUCCAAUACCAUGAAGAGCACGUUCAAGUCGUUUUCCCAGGACGCCAUAAACCAGCCCCAGACCUCGCCAAAGAGCACCCUGCGCGCGGUGUUCGGUGAUGUAAAAGCUCCAUAUUACGCCCACACGUCACAGCCGGACUUUUCCGCGAGAUCCAUCUACUCCAUUUCAGAAACUGAGUCUAUCGGCUCUGAUCCAGAUCAGGAGCUGGAGGGAAAAAGCAUAGUGUAUGGUCGGAAGGCAGAGAGGCGCGGUAAUCUGUCCAUAGCAAGUCUUCCGGACUCAUCGCAUUUCGAAGAGAUAUUGCGCAGCAUGAACUCCAAACUCAAUCAACUAGAGUUCAGGGUCUCUGAAUUGGAGAGAGAGAACAUGAACUCCAAGGUGCUUUUGCAUAAAAUGAUGGAGACAUUCGGGACCGCAAAAACCGAGAAUCCGGUUUCAGAAACGUGCGGUGUAGAUCUUCCAAGAGAGGAAGAGCCUGGUUUGGACACAAGCGCGCAGCUGGACUGCUCGUCUGUGUAUGAGGAUGAGGAUUAUCCACCGGUGACGCCGACUGCCAAUGAUGGAAGGAGCUUGCUUACGGUAGAGAAGGAGGCUGUGCUAGACGAAGUCAGGCGGUAUUUAGAAAUAGCAGAGGUUUAGAAUUAAUACACGACCGAG